GAGUUUAUCACCCGGCGCAAGAGUCACCUUGACUUGACUUUCACUUUCACCAACCUAGCAACCCACGCCGAUCAGAUCAAUUCAUUUCAUUCGAGUGUUCCUACUUCCUAGUAAGUGUUUUCUCUGUGGAGAUGUUUCUCACUGGCACUCCAGCAAUGCCGAGAACCGAAACGAGGCCUGGCCUUCUUGGCUUCACCUCGAGUCGACACACAAGUAACCGUCAUGAAUUUUUCCAUCUUCCACACGAGUCAGGGUCUGUCAGUGGCGGCCAAAGUCAACCCAACCCCUCGUGCUCACGCCUCAACCCCCCUGACCACUCUGCCCAUCACUUCGACUUACCCCAGAUCAGAUCAGAUCUAAUACGUACUAUAUAAGUACGAUACGAACAUCCAAACUAUUGACUAUUAAAUAAAAUUAUAAAAAACACACACACACACACACCGA